CCGUCUUGCCCGACGUAACAUCUUGAUCCCAAGCCGCCUGGCCGCUUUUCACGAUGCAUCCCCUCCUACACACCAAGGACAACUCGGGUUGCGAGCAGGUCAUGAUCGCACUCGAGGAAUGCCACGCUAGGGGCUUCGUAUGGAAGGCAGUCGGCAUGUGCAACGACGCCAAACAACAACUUGUCGAAUGCCUCCGGGCGGAACGGUCAAAGAACCAGGACGAGAACCGGAACGGGGUUCAGGACAAGCGAUCCAGGAUACGGCAGAAGUGGAAGGAAAUCGAAGAAAACUCCUAAACCAUCGGUCCAUGCUGAUCACCGCCGAACUCUCUCGAUAUCUCCUCAUUUCCGUGUCGGCGAUUUGAUGGUAGUUAUGGGAAGAGGCGAGAGCAUAUCGCAUUACACAACAUGAACCAGGAGACGCGGGCAGUUGUACUGUGGACGAGAUGCGACGUCCAGAAGCGGCAGCUGUGUAUAACAUGGGCUACAGGAAGCCCUAAAACACUCGGCGCUGUACAUUAUGAUAUCUCUUUUUCCUCCUGACGCACCCUCACCCCCGCCAAUACCCGGCUAUUUUCGUUCGUUACAAGGUACGGCGGAAUGCGUCGCCAAAGGUAACCAGCCCGUACGCGGCAAACAAGGACAGCAUUAUGGGUACCGGCUUGCGAAGUCGGAUGGCGCGGGGGAACGCAGACCCGCCCAGGACAAUGGAGGCGAGAAGACUCAGCUCGACGCCGUAGGGCUCGUUGUUGGCGAUGCGGUAGCCGCCGAGGCCAU